AUGGUGCGAACAAGAAGUCAAGACUCGCAAACCGAAGGUGAACAGGAUGACACUGUGCUGCAAGAACCGAACCCUCGCGCGCCGAACCCCAUUCGUCCUGGGCAUAUUCGCUUUGCGGAACCUCUUGGCUCUACGAGCACCCCACUACCCCGGCAAGAACCUGUCGUCGAAGCACGAAGCACUGACGUGGACCAAACCCUUCGUGCACGUCCGCCGUCGCCGACUCAAUCAGUGCGCUCGCAAAGAUCGACAGCGAGCACGGCUGCGCGCCGGAAACAGGCUGAGUUUGAGGCGGCAGAACGCCUUGCCGCUCUCAAAAAGCGACAGCUUGAAAUGCAGAUGCGUUUUGAACAACAACAAAUGCAGAUGCGCUUUGAACAACAACAAAUGGAGUUAGAAGCGGACCUAGUGCAGAAAAAGCUAGAAAUUGAGCUCACUACUAUACAAGCCGAAGAGCAAGGAAGCACGCGAGGUCCGGAUGAACCGCUCAAUACCAGUCUGCGCACAGAGGCCUGGCUACGCCACACAGAUCCUGCACGAGGGGAGCGAUCCUCCCAUUUUUCUCCUGUACGUGACGCUGGACCACCUUGCGCUGCUGCGACUCCUCUUCGUGCUGACAUUAAAAAUGAGACCCGACGUGAACAUCACCGCCUCGAGGGUUCCCGAACACGUUCACCGACGCCGAACCGAUCACGAUCCCGGAGCAUAGAAGUGUUGGCCGAAACACUCGAGCGGCUUGUGCACUAUCGGCCUCCACCCCGAUCAUCUACGGAGUUGCCUACAUUCAGUGGGGCAGCGAGUGAAUGGAUGCCCUUCAAGGCCUCAAUGCGAGAUUCUACGCGUCUUCAUAAGUUUUCUCCGAUCGAGAACUUGCAACGACUUCGAAAUGCCUUGAAAGGUGAAGCUAGAGAAGCCGUCGCUUCGUUACUUUACGCGGCGUGUGAUCCAAUGGAAAUAAUGGAAGCUCUAGAACAGAGUUUUGGACGUCCGGAAGCCUUGAUUGAUAAGGCAUUGGAAGAAAUAAAGCAGCUCCCGGCCUUGGGACCAACGACGUCAGAAUUGAAUAUAUUUGCCGUGAAAGUCCGAAAUAUUGUGUCCACUAUACACAACGUGGAAGGCCUUGACGGUUGCCUUCAGAAUCGUAUGCUGACCAGAGGCAUCGUGGAGAAGCUACCGCCAGAUAUGCGAAGAAGUUUUGCAAAAUACGCAUCGGAAAACCGACGUCCAGGGGAGCCACACAUAGUGAUCUUGUCUCGCUAUUUGAACAACGAGGCAACGAUAGGCUUGGAAUUCACUUAUUCCAAACCAGCUGGCCCAUCCACAUCUGCUAGAAAGGAGCUGACUUCUAAGUUUUCGAGCACUUCAGGAAGAGCAACGAGAAAUGCGAACGUGUUCACUGCUAGUGAAAGAAAACAUUGUCUGUGUUGUGGUGAAGACCAUGAACCACCGCAAUGCAACAAGAUCAAAGAAAUGACUGUGAACACACGUUGGGAGUGGGCUAAAUCGAACAAGAUUUGUUUUAAGUGCCUGGCAAAAACUCAUCGUCGUGAAGCAUGCAAGGCGAAAAGUUGCGGCAUUGAAGGCUGCAUACACUCUCAUCACCAGCUGUUGCAUCAGAGGAACCCUGUGAAUGAACCAAGUCCUAGCCCUGCACGUUCUGAAGCAACAGUGGCUUCAACCAGCAUGGACACAAAUAGCAACGUAAUGCUCAAAGUGUGUCCGAUCAUAAUCUCGAACUCGGACGGUAUGGAGAUCCACACGUACGCCCUUUUGGAUGAAGGCUCCACGAUCACCCUCAUUGAAGAAAGCUUGGCGGACCAACUGAACUUAGAAGGGCCGACUCAUGCCCUGAACAUACAUGGAGUGAAUUCAACACAACAAGAGGGAACCAGCAGAAUUGUCAGAUUUAAACUGAGAGGCAAAAGUUCAACAACUUCUCAUAUUAUACGGGCCAGAACUAUACGUGGCAUCCAGUUACUGAACCAAACGGUGCCGUUACAGCUCUUGCAAUAUCCGCAUCUCCAGAACCUCGAACCAAGCAGUGUGUGCUACGAAGAAGCUCGACCCCGCUUGCUCAUCGGCUCAGACAACUGGGAACUUAUUGUGUCUAAGCAAUUGCUAACAGGUCGCCGUCAUGAACCCGCGGCGUCACGAACCGAACUUGGAUGGGUGAUUCACGGUUUAGCACCAAGAAAUGUUAUUAGCUACGAACAGAACCACGUACUCCAUAUAAGAAACGUAAAGUGUACAGAUUUAGCAAGUGACGAAAGGCUCGACGCUUUGGUCCGCAAGCAUUUUGAACUCGAUGCCAUCGGUAUUUCUGUGAAGACGAAGAUUCGCAAAGAAGACGAGAGAGCGAUGACAAUCUUCGAACGAACUGCUCGAAGAGUAGACGGACGUUUCGAAGUUGGCCUUCCCUGGAAAACCGAGGACGUCACUCUUCCAUGUAACUACGCCGAAGCUUUCACACGGUUGAGAAAUAUUGAACGCAAAAUGGAUCGUGAUGAAAGUUUCAAGGAAGAGUAUAGCAAGCAGAUCGCUAACCUUUUGAACAAAGGAUAUGCUAAACUUUGCGAUGGUUCCGAAGGCAUCCAACGCCGAUGGUUCCUACCACAUUUUGCUGUGCGAAAUCCUAACAAGCCCGGCAAAGUAAGGCUUGUUUUCGACGCAGCAGCCACGCAUCAGGGAACAAGCUUGAACACAAAUCUGCUGGAUGGUCCGGAUCAACUAAAGUCACUGCCUGGCAUUUUAUAUCGAUUCCGAGAACGAGCUGUGGCCGUGACAGCAGACAUACAGGAAAUGUUCCUGAGAAUCCGCAUAAGGAAAGAAGACCAGCAAGCGCAAAUGUUUCUGUGGCGUGGCGAUGACCGACGCAAUCCACCAAAGCAAUACAAAAUGGUGUCGUUGAUCUUCGGAGCACGCAGCUCACCUUUCCUUGCACACAGCGUGCGAAAUGCAAACGCACGGGAAUAUGCAGAAACUCACCCAAGAGCACUACGAGCUAUCACCGAGAGCCAUUACAUGGACGAUCUGGUUGAUAGUUACAACACCGAAGACGAAGCCAUUGAAACUGCAAAGGAAAUAAACUUCGUGCAUGAGCAAGCCGGGUUUAUUCUGCGUGGUUGGAACUCAAACAGCCCUCGAGUUCUGUCAACGAUCCCUGAAGACCUUCGAGCUCCAGCGGCUGCGCAUCUAGGAAUCGAGCUAAAUAGUUCAGAGAAGACCCUGGGAUUGCUGUGGAUACCUAAUGCAGAUACACUCGCAUUCAAUACCUCAAUGAAUCGAGUACCAAGAGAGGUGUACAACCAGAACCGCGCACCAACUAAGAGAGAAGCUCUGAGUGCGGUUAUGUCUAUUUUUGACCCACUCGGAUUACUGAGCCUUUUUACUAUCACGGCAAAAAUUCUACUUCAGAACUUAUGGCGAUUGCAAGUUGGCUGGGAUGAACCUGUACCCACCGAAAUUGCAAGUGGAUUUGGAACCUGGCUCAAGAAUUUGGAAGAAAUAAAACGACUUCAACUUCCUCGUUUUUACAAUACGAGGGGAGUGCGAUCCGUGGAACUACAUAUAUUGUGCGAUGCCAGCGCCCAAGCAUAUGCCGCAGUCGCAUACUGGAGAAUUCUUCGAUACAAUGGGAAUGUGGAUCUUGUGCUUGUUUCCGGCAAAGCUAAGGUCGCACCGCUACGAGCGCAAAGUAUUCCGCGCAUGGAACUACAAGCAGCGCUUAUUGGAGCAAGGCUCGCGAAAACUAUCGUCGAAGAACAUCGCCUGACCGUAGACAGAGUCGUUUACUGGUCAGAUUCCAAAACGGCGCUUCAAUGGAUUCGCAACGGUGCACGACGUUAUACACCUUUCGUUGCGCAUCGUUUGGGAGAAAUCGCGGAGCUUACCCAAGAAAACCAAUGGCGAUGGAUUCCAACGAACCUGAACAUAGCUGAUGAUGCUACACGUAUGAACUGCCAACCAAUAAAACAAGAAGAUCGUUGGUUCAUCGGUCCACUUUUCUUAUUGGAGAAUGAAGAUACUUGGCCUCACGAAGAUCCAGAACAAGAAGACAGCACUGAAGAACUUGUUACUCAUGUCACAAUCGCUGAAAACACUUCAUCGAGCCUGCCUGACAUAAGUAGAUUUUCAAGUUAUGAAAAGUUAAUACGAUCCACAGCUCGAAUACUCGUAUUUGUGGACAUAUGUCGCAAAAGAUCAACCAGCAUAGAGGUGCGCCACCUUAAGCUGGCUGAAUAUUUAUGGCAACGCACAGCUCAGGAAGAGAGCUUCGCAGAUGACCUGAGUCGCUUGCGCACUGGGAAAGCAAUUCAGCGAACAAGCCGAUUAAUCAAAGUCGAUCCUGUUUUAGAAGAAGGUCUUCUACGAGUCCGUGGAAGAAUUGACGCUGCGAUCGCACCCGAUCAAAUAAAGCGGCCAAUCAUAUUAGAUGGACGACACCCGUUUACAAAGCUACUGCUUGCACGCGAACACUGUGCAGCAGGGCACGCAAACAAUGAACGAGUUGUGAACGACGUCCGACAGAAAUACUGGGUUAUAAACCUCCGACCAGCAGUAAAGAAAGUGGCCCGUGAAUGUCUACUUUGUAGACUCCGCCGAUCAACACCGAACGUACCAGCCAUUGGAAAUCUGCCUGCCGCUCGUCUAGAUCCAUUCCACCGCCCUUUUACCAACUGUGGAGUAGACUUCUUUGGACCCAUGCUAGUAGCCGUGGGACGCCGAAGAGAGAAGCGAUGGGGCGUACUUUUCACCUGCCUCACGACACGCGCUGUACACUUGGAAUUAGCGGCAUCGUUGUCCACUGAUUCUGCGCUAAUGGCAAUCAGACGCAUGGCGGCUAGAAGAGGCUGGCCAACUAUAAUGUACAGUGACAACGCCACCAAUUUCCGUGGCGCUGAUGCUGAGCUUAAAAAGGCUUACAGCGAAUGGGAACCUGCUCUUCGAGACCUAGGGCUACUUCAUCGCAUGCAGUGGCGUUUUAUACCACCAGGUGCGCCGAACCAAGGUGGAGCCUGGGAGCGCCUAGUUCGAUCCGUCAAGGUGGCUCUCAACACUGCGCUACGAGAGAAAAUACCGCGGGAGGAAGUACUAAUCACUUUACUUUCAGAAGCAGAGUAUAGCAUCAAUGCCCGUCCUCUGACGCAUGUGUCAGUAGAUCCGGCUGACUCCGAAGCCCUGACACCCAACCAUUUUUUGUUGGGGACUUCGAUGGGCCUGCCAUUCACUGGACCCUGUGAAGUCGCUGAUCGACGCACUUGGAGAGCGGCCCAGGCGCUUGCGGACACCUUCUGGCGCCGUUGGGUACACGAGUACCUACCGACGCUCGUGCCCCGCGGUCAACCAGCCUCGACCCACCGCUCACUUAAAAAAGGUGACUUGGUGGUGAUUGUGGACCCGAAUCUACCGCGAAACUUCUGGCCACGCGGUAUCAUCGAAGAAAUACAUCCCGGUCCCGACGGAGAAGUGCGAAGCGCCACCGUAAGAACCAGCAGCGGGGUGUUUCAUCGGCCAACCAGGAAGCUCGCCGUCCUCACCCUUGGAGAAGAAGCUGCGCGGAAGCUUCGCUGA